AUGGCAGCCGCUUUGAAAAAUAUCUUGCAUCCCACCACUGUUCAUAAUCCCACUAUUUUCACUCAGCAUGCUCAUUUAUAUGAUGGAAAUCAAUAUCGUAAUUUCACGAAUAAUAACGCAACUUCAACAAACGUUAGCGUUACCAUCAAUUCCCCCAAAAAGAGAACCCAUUCGACCGUUGACAAGUCGAAUGUUCCUCGUCCUUACAAGUGCACCAUGUGUUAUAAGGCCUUCUAUAGGCUGGAACACCAAACACGUCAUAUUAGAACUCAUACCGGUGAAAAACCUCACCGUUGUGAUUUUGCAGGAUGUGAGAAACGUUUUUCGAGAUCCGAUGAGCUAACUCGCCAUAAACGUAUUCAUAAUAAUACCAAUAAAAGGGAUAAGCGUAAAACUCAAAAGAUGACUGGGAUGGACUUCAAAAACAAUGUUCCACCCCCUCGUUUCGACCUGAGUCGACCAUUUGAUGAUGAUGAAGACAUUGGGUUUGGGAUGUUUUCGGAUAGAUUUUAUAGAAGCAGGAGUAAUAGUGAUAGUAGUACCAUUAGUUCCUCGAGUUCUUCGAGCGUUGGCAGUAAUAUGAGUGGGAACGUUAGUCUGUUAGGUUCCGUCAGUAAUAAUCAUCAAAUCCAUGCCCCGAUGGCCGCGACAUAUUCUUCUAGUUAUUAUCCCCCUCGAAUGUUGCAUCAUCCCCUGCUUAAUGAUUACGCUUCGUUAGAAACGACGAAAAGGCGUAGAAACUCCGAACCGGAAUACAUGAUGUUGAGCCCUCCAUUAUCCGCCAUACCUUUUGACGCUCAAUCCAGUUCGUCCCAAUUCUGCCAUGAUAGUGGUUCCGAUGAGGAUGAGAUCCUUACCCCCGUUCACUCACCCGAGCACUCCCCUUCCUUGGGUCCUCACGUGGUUGGGUCUGACACCUUUACCAAUUCUUCAAACUUUAAUAAUAAUUUCAUCCCCGUUUACAAUGGUGGUAAUAACUUUCAAUGGAAACAGAAUGAAUUUCAGAAUUAUGCGGCAAAUUUUAACAAUUCCGCCCCUAUAUUAGCCAGUAACCGUAUAUCCGACAUUGUGAAUGACCCUACUUUCUCGCCAAGUGUCAGAACUCUUCCCCCUCUCACUAGCAAUGGCAACACCAGUUCGUCUUCUGCUGUUUCUACGACAUCCGUAUCAUCAAAUAAUCAUUCAAAUUUUAGUUUUGACUUUAAUCGAUCAGCCUUUUUUCCCCCGGUUCAUCGUUAUUAA